UCACCAUUUUAUGGCUCGACAGGCGCUUUGUGGAAGUACUUUCACGAUUGAUAAUUCAAAUAAAUAUUUUUAGUUUCUUAGCCAUAAUUUAUAUGGUAUAGAUAUUGUGCGGACGGUAAUUCGUAUAAAGAAAGAUAAGCCAACGUUGGCAAGUGUUGAAAAUAGGUAUUCGUGACCAACGACUUUAGUAAUAGUAAGCAUUGACGCUGUGGGCCACACUGUGGCGUAGGUAUAGCUAGCGAGCUAGGUUUAGAGGUUUAGCUUGUCACAACUCAAGAGACGUCGAACAAUCGACGCAUAUAAUCUAUACUUUUCUCAAAAUUUGAUUUCCUUAAACUACAACACUGACGACCACCGUGCAAGACUCGAAGACCGAGGAGAUGGCGAGCUCCGUGGGAAACGUGGCUGACAGUACAGAACCCACAAAACAACAACGUAUGCUUUCCUUCCAAGGGUUGGCCGAGCUGGCGCACCGGGAGUACCAGUCGGGCGACUUUGAGGCUGCCGAGCGCCACUGUAUGCAGCUGUGGAGGCAGGAGCCCGACAACACGGGCGUGCUUCUGCUGCUCUCCUCCAUCCACUUCCAGUGUCGCAGACUCGACAGGUCUGCCCACUUCAGCACCUUGGCCAUCAAGCAGAACCCGAUGCUGGCUGAGGCCUACUCCAACCUGGGCAACGUUUACAAGGAGCGCGGCCAGCUCCAGGAGGCCAUAGAGCACUACCGCCACGCGCUGCGGCUGAAGCCGGACUUCAUCGACGGGUACAUCAACCUGGCCGCUGCCCUGGUGGCAGCAGGGGACAUGGAGGGGGCCGUCCAGGCCUACGUGUCAGCCCUACAGUACAACCCUGAUCUAUAUUGUGUCCGCAGUGACCUGGGGAACUUGCUCAAAGCCCUCGGGCGUUUGGAAGAGGCUAAGGCUUGUUACCUGAAGGCUAUUGAGACUCAGCCCAACUUUGCGGUGGCUUGGAGCAACCUGGGCUGCGUGUUCAACGCCCAGGGAGAGAUCUGGUUGGCCAUACACCACUUUGAGAAGGCCGUGACUCUUGAUCCCAACUUCCUGGAUGCCUACAUCAACUUGGGCAACGUACUGAAAGAGGCUCGCAUCUUUGACAGAGCGGUGGCGGGUUACCUGCGCGCCCUCAGCCUCAGCCCCAACCAUGCGGUCGUCCACGGCAACCUGGCGUGUGUCUACUACGAGCAGGGCCUCAUCGACCUGGCCAUCGACACGUACCGCCGCGCCAUCGAGCUGCAGCCCCACUUCCCCGACGCUUACUGUAACCUGGCCAACGCCCUCAAGGAGAAGGGCAAUGUAAGGAAGUACACGGUAUCCGAGGCAGAGGAGUGCUACAACACAGCCCUUCGUCUGUGUCCCACCCACGCCGACUCACUCAACAACCUGGCCAACAUAAAGAGGGAGCAGGGCAACAUUGAGGAUGCCGUCCAGCUCUACAGGAAAGCCCUGGAGGUUUUCCCAGAGUUUGCGGCAGCCCACUCCAACCUGGCCAGUGUUUUGCAGCAGCAAGGGAAGCUCCAAGAGGCCCUCAUGCACUACAAGGAGGCCAUCAGAAUCAGCCCUACGUUUGCUGACGCCUACUCUAACAUGGGCAACACUCUGAAGGAGAUGCAGGAUGUUCAGGGAGCGCUGCAGUGCUACACCAGAGCUAUCCAGAUCAACCCUGCCUUUGCAGAUGCCCACUCUAACUUGGCCUCCAUACACAAGGACUCUGGUAACAUCCCUGAAGCCAUUGCUUCUUACCGUACAGCCCUGAAGCUGAAACCUGACUUCCCCGAUGCCUACUGCAACCUGGCACACUGCCUGCAGAUUGUGUGUGACUGGGCAGACUAUGACGAGCGCAUGAAGAAGCUGGUGAGCAUCGUGGCCGACCAGCUGGAGAAGAACCGGCUCCCGUCGGUGCACCCCCACCACAGCAUGCUGUACCCCCUCUCUCACGGCUUCCGCAAGGCCAUCGCCGAGCGCCAUGGCAACCUCUGUCUGGACAAGGUACAGGCCCUCAUCAAAAUCAACGCGCUCCACAAGCCUGCCUACGAGCAUCCCAAGGACCUGAAGGCCAGCGGAGGGCGUCUCAGGGUGGGCUACGUCAGCUCUGACUUUGGGAACCACCCCACCUCCCACCUGAUGCAGUCCAUCCCCGGAAUGCACAACUCUGAGAAAUUUGAGGUGUUCUGCUACGCCCUGAGCCCAGAUGACAACACCAACUUCAGGGUCAAGGUGGUGGCUGAGGCCCAUCACUUCACUGACCUCUCACAGAUCCCGUGUAACGGUAAGGCAGCAGACAGGAUCCACCAGGAUGGGCUCCACAUCCUGGUCAAUAUGAAUGGAUACACCAAAGGUGCCCGCAACGAGCUGUUUGCCUUGCGCCCUGCUCCCAUCCAGUGUAUGUGGCUGGGCUACCCCGGGACCAGCGGAGCUCCCUUCAUGGACUACAUUGUGUCAGACAAGGAGACCUCCCCCAUCGAGGUGGCUGAGCAGUACUCUGAGAAACUGGCCUACAUGCCACACACCUUCUUCAUAGGAGACCACGCUAACAUGUUCCCUCACCUGAAGAAAAAGGCAGUGAUUGACUUCAAGUCUAACGGUCACAUCUUUGAUAACCGCAUCGUUCUGAACGGCAUCGACCUCAAGGCUUUCCUGGACAGUCUCCCUGACGUCAAGGUGGUCAAGAUGAAGUGUGACAGUGGGGACAGUGGAGCGGCAGACACCAACGGGGCUCUGUCCAUGCCUGUUAUCCCCAUGAACACUGCGGCCGAGGCAAUCAUCAACAUGAUCAACCAGGGACAGAUACAGGUCACCAUCAACGGGUUCACCGUCAGCAAUGGACUGGCCACCACACAGAUUAACAACAAGGCGGCGACGGGAGAGGAGGUCCCUCGUACCAUUGUGGUGACCACUCGCUCUCAGUACGGCCUGCCUGAAGACUCCAUCGUCUACUGCAACUUCAACCAGCUCUACAAGAUCGACCCUCCAACCCUGCAGAUGUGGGCCAACAUCUUGAAGCGCGUUCCCAACAGCGUUCUGUGGCUGCUGCGUUUCCCGGCCGUGGGGGAGCCCAACAUCCAGCAGUACGCCCAGAACUUCGGCCUGCCCGGCUCCCGCAUCAUCUUCUCUCCCGUGGCGCCCAAGGAGGAACACGUGAGACGGGGCCAGCUGGCCGACGUGUGCCUGGACACGCCGCUCUGUAACGGACACACCACCGGGAUGGACGUCCUCUGGGCCGGGACGCCCAUGGUCACCAUGCCAGGUGAGACCCUGGCGUCUCGCGUGGCCGCUUCCCAGCUGCAGUGUCUGGGCUGCCCAGAGCUCAUCGCCCACACCAGGCAGGACUAUGAGGACGUGGCCGUCAAACUGGGCUCCGACAUGGAAUAUCUGAAGAUGAUCCGAUCCCGUGUGUGGAAGCAGCGUAUCUGCAGUCCUCUGUUCAACACCAAGCAGUACACCAUGGACCUGGAGAAACUCUACCUGCAGAUGUGGGAGCGCUAUGCCAGUGGCAACAAGACGGACCACCUGGUCAACCUGCAGCCCAUCGAGAGCAGCGAGAGUGCCUGAACUCCUGGAGCCGGACAGUGUUCCAAAUGGUGUGCUUUUCCUUUUAUGGUACACUACUAGUUUUGGUUUUGGGUAGUGUUCUACGAAGGGAAUGGGGUGCCAUUGGUGAUGCUGUCCACCCAAUCAGACGUCCCUACCAUGGAUGCACGCAGCCCCCCCCCGACCCAUUGCCCUCUUCCCUGUGACUUGGACUCUGUUGUGGAGCCUGCAGGUUUUUCCCCUCUUAUCGUCCUUCCAUAUUUCCCCAGUCCUUCAGUCAUCACUGUCCCAUCCAUGUCGCUGAGCCAGACGGAGACAGAACCAGCUCCACUUUUCAUCUGGGACUCUUCCUCCUAAACCACAGCAUCCACACUGGGUACGACAGGCGAACACCUUCCUUCCAUCCCUCCCACGCCUGGAAGAAUUUCCCCCUUCGGUGUGGGGCUCGUUAGGGCCUUGACGAUUAAGAGCUUGACCCCAGCCAACCCCCACAUCGUUUUUCCAUCCGUAACAAUGUCAUCUGGAAUAAGAGCUUGAUGGUAGAUGUCAGUAUGAAAGGGACAAUGUGGCAAAGCCUCAGAUCUCGUGACUCGUCUUGGAACUAAACGUUUAAUUAGCUUUAACAUGUUAACAUUAUUGUACUUUUAGUUUGCGACUGCUUUGGUUUUUUUUGGUCUUCUAUGCUGUUCUUGGUGACUCUGGCAGGGUAGGUGAAUGCUUAUGUAUGAUAGAAAUCAAAGCGAGAGCUCAUAAUUGACCCCCCACCUUCCCACCGCCAAAUGCCAACUUUUAAGGAUUUUGUCACGUGUCAAUGUAAGAAAGUACUCUUCAUGGCUUUUUCCUCUUCCUCCAUGUCAUGCAGUAUGCUUGUUAAGACUAGCCCAUGUGGAUAAAUGGAUAAACUAUGAAUUGCACAGACUGUAGAUUCUUGUCAGUACUACUCAUUGGAAUGGGCCUGCAAUUCGUUCCUCCUUAAUCACCCCUCCCAAGUAGUUAUUGAUUUGUUCACUCAAACCAGGAUUGGCCUAGGUAAGUAUUUUCUAAGCAGUUUUUGUUUUGUACUCUUGUCUUUCCAUUAACUGUUUUAUUUAUGCUUUGUCAAUGGUAUACUGCAAGGCUCUGACUAAAUCUCUGCUGAAAUAAAUACAUCAAACCUC